AUGCGCCAAAUUUGGAAGUCGGACCUCCGAGAAUUACGACAGGAAAUGGGAGCAAUACAGAACAAGCUCCAAGUGGUGGAGGAGAAAGGCAACGCCCGGGAAGCCCGGCUGCAAGCCAUUGAACAUACCCCUGAUGGCUUAACCCAGCAUGUACAAAGACUACACCGCUCUGUGGCGAUCCAGGAGGCUAGACAUAGACGCCACAAUAUAUGCCUGAGGGGGAUACCUGAGGCCAUUAAAGGAGACGCACUCUUACCAUACAUCCUAAAGCUACUUACAUCUAUUGGCUUGCAGGGAUAA